CCUACCGGACCCCGCGCGCCUCCAGACCCCGCCCCCCUCCGCUCGGGAAGAUGGCGGCGCCCUUAGCGCAGCAGCUGGAGGAGCUGCUCAACCCCCGGCCCGACCUGCGAGACCCCGAGGACGACGCGGAGGAAGCCACAGUUGCUAAAGUGAUUGACAGGUUUGAGGAUGAGACUGCAGAUGACAUUUUACCUGUUGGUAAUAUACGGAAAAAAGCUUCGGCCUCCCUCUUAGAAGCUGAUAAAAGGUACAGUGGAAAAGCAACAUCUCGCAAAGCCUUGCAGGAAGAGCUCUGGGGAGAUGCUCUGUCUGAAGAAGGAUCUGCUGAAGAAACCUUAGAUGAGUGGUAUAGUGGCAGUGAAGAUUCAGAAGACAAUGGCAGCUUGGGCAGUAAAACAGAGGAGCAGGCCAGCAGUGCUGGCAGUGACCAAGAGGAUAAUAUGGAAGAUGAUGGAGAGAGAGGUUCCUCUGCCAAAGCACCAAAGUUCAGUUUCCAGAAUGUCACGGACUUUGAGAAAUUUGCAGAGGGGAUGGAUGACAUUGGGAGCAAUGAUGGAGAAGAUGAAGAUGAUGCCAGCAUGGAAGAAGGAAGUGAUGAUGAGAAAUAUGAGGGGGGAGACCACGACCACAUAAAAGACACCAAUGACAACGAGGAUGACGGGGGGGUGAUGACGUUCUCAAAGGGACAAGCAAGUGAUGAGGUGGAAAAAGGAAAAGCGGUGAAGAAUCAGCUAGCGUUGUGGGAUCAGAUCUUGGAAGGCAGAAUCAAGAUGCAGAAGGCACUUGUAAUAGCCAACCGGCUUCCUCAGCCAGAUACUUUCCCCCUUUUCAGAAAGGAAGGUGGACAGGAAUUCGACAGUGCUGUGGAGAGCUGUUGUAAAGCCAUAGACACAUUGCUGGGAGUACUAGUGGACAUUCAGGAUGAGUUGCUUUAUCAAUGCCCGGGCACAAGGCACCUGGUAGAUGGAAAACAAUCAAAACCUGAGAGUGAUGAUGAAAUUCCCAGCAGCAGUGACGAAGAGCCAGCAGGUGAAGCUCAGGAGAAGAGGAAGCGCCCUCCCAAACGAAAGCUGAAGGCGGAGGACUUCCCAGAGUUCAUAGCCAAGAGGUACAACGACUACAGGACGUACCGGAACAGCAUCCUGCAGAAAUGGCAUGAGAAGACAAAGCUGGCAUCUGGCAAAAUGGGCAAGGGUUUCGGCGCCUUUGAGCGUUCAAUCUUGACUCAGAUUGAUCAUAUUUUGAUGGACAAAGAGAGAUUGCUACGGCGGACACAGACCAAGCGAUCAGUGUACAGAGUGCUGGGGAAGAAGGAGCAGGAUUCCCAUCCAGCCCAUGAAUAUUUGCCUGAAAAUUCGGAAGUCCUCCCUGAGACAGAUUCCAACAGGCACCUGAAGGACAUAGAUGAGGAAAUAUUUGAUGAUGAUGACUUUUAUCACCAACUCCUUCGAGAACUGAUAGAGCGUAAAACCACUUCAUUGGACCCCAAUGAUCAAGUAGCCAUGGGCAGGCAGUGGCUGGCCAUCCAGAAGCUACGAAGCAAAAUAAAGAAGAAAGUGGACAGGAAAGCCAGUAAAGGAAGGAAAAUCCGGUAUCAUGUCCAUAGCAAGCUGGUGAGCUUCAUGGCACCUAUUGACCACUGUACGAUGAAUGAUGAUGCCAGGACGGAGCUUUAUCGUUCGCUCUUUGGAAGAAUGAUGCGGCCUGAAGACCCUCAGCGUGGUUAGGAUCCUGCAGGUUCUGCCCCGUUCUCUUUGCAGCUUCCCAGCCUGCUCAGCACCGGCCAACCGUCUUGCCAGGAGAGGGAUGUGCUGUCCCUGCACCUCUAUUAAACCCUCAAAGGUUUUUAUUUUGAAGAUUGGUGGGAUUUUUAUUUUAUUUUCUUCUUAUUUUUUUUUGAGGCGUGCCGUUCUGUUCGUUGGCUGCGGGUCUGGAUGGGGUGACUUGAUUUCCACUGAGUCAAGAGGAUUUAAAUGUCAUUUACAUAAUUAACGUGGCCUUAAAACAGAGAAGAGGUGCUCUGCCUUGCAGCAGCCCCAGCUCCCAGUUCACAUUCCAGUUUCAGAACGGCCUCUUUGCAGCCAUGGACGUCACCCAGCCUGUGGUAGGCACACUGUGGGGACACACCUGGGGGUAUUUCUGCAAUUAGAACACAUGGGUGAAUUUUUCAGUCCAGCGUUGAUUGUGGACACUUAAUUAUUUCUGCUGAUUGUGACUGUGAGCCCUCUUCUCUUCGCUGUGACCGUGACACACUUCUGAAAGAUGGCAGCACUAAUGCAGAGCUGCCAGAAGGCAUCACGCAGGGUUUGUGGGCUUUCUGUAGCCAAAGGCCACAGUUUGGAAAUGAAACCUCCAUAAAGGGAAUCUAUUAGCCUGCUGUGAUCAAUGUGAAACCGAGGUUAUCUCGUGUAAAUAAUACGUGCAUAUAUGUGUAUAAUGAGAAUGGCCAUUGCUUGUGACCACAGGAACUGCGCUGUCUUUGUUCUGUGGGAUUUAAUUAAAGCACUUUGUGAAUGGAUUGUCCAGGUUUGGUUGGUGCAGAAAUGGCACCAGCAGCUCUAGCCUCUCUUGGGCCCAGCAACAGCCAGUUCUUAACCAGAGGCUGUGGUGUCACUUUGCACAGAGCUGCCUGAGCACCAGCAGAGUGUGCACAGAGCAGCUGGAACUUUGCUGCAGAGCCUUGGCUGGUGCCUGUCGUGAUAGUGGUGUGGGGCACAGCCGUGCAGAGCAGUCAUGGGGCUGGGGCUGUACAGCAGGAGCUCAUUGCCUGCACUGCUUCAGAUUUGGAGUAAGUUUGUAGAUUUGCUAUAUCUAAAUAUGUGGGCUGACUGCAGGUCUGAGGCAUAACUAGAUUACGACUAGUUACAGGCACUGCUGCAAUUAAAUCAGAUGAUACUUUUGUCCAUGUAGUCUCUGGAUUUCCCUUCCUCACGCAGCAGAUUUGAUGUGGUUUCACAAAAGCACUGCCAGCACUGUCGGUUCCUUGGUCGGUUCCUGCAGGCAGGACAUGGUGCUCAGCCCUCCAGGGGACGAUGGGUGCUGGAGCAGCAUUGCUGUCCACAGGGCCUGGGUAAGAGCUGCUGUACGGCCUGGUGGCUCAGCACAGGGCAGCAGCAGUGAGACUUAGUAGCUCCAUCAGGUCCCCAGAGCUGUCUGCAGAUCUGGUAUUAAUUAAUCCUUUUUACACCUCUUCAUUACAGCUUUAAGUCUCCUUUCUAGUUACCUGCUUCCAGUAAAUAGCUUCCUGGCACGUCACACGGUGUAUUGAGCAGUCUGCCACAGCACAGGAGAACGUGCUGAGCUGCAGAGAGCUGGGGCUGCAUGUGGCACCUGGGGCUGGAAAGUGGACAGGAGGAUGUGGGUGCUGCUCUGCCUCGUCCCACCGCCGGCAGCUUGCGAGCAGUCCUACCAGGUACAGAGGCACCUCCUUGGGGAGAGGAGGACUUAAUUUACUCAAGGGUCCGUGACAUUUCAGUGUUGCUUUUUUAAUGUGGGGAAGGAAAACUGUAAUUGUCCAGUUAAGCCCAGCUCGUGUGUGCUGCUGCUCCUUUAGGUAAUGUGCCUGGGAGUGCUGUGCUUCGGGAAGCUGUGAGCUGUGCACUCUGUGGGGCUGCAUCUCAGCUGCUUGUCAGUGGGCAGAGCGGGGCCUUCCCUGUCUCGCAGCUCUCUGGGCAGGCUUUGCCCUGUUGCCCCCAUGUCGGGGUGCUGCUGACACGCUCUCCUUCCCUACAGGGGUGUGAGCAAGGCCAUUAAGCCAAGAGCCAUGCCCAGCAUCGCACUGCUGCAGAGUCAGAGGGCCAGAACCCCACAUCCAUCCUCUGGGUGCGAAUCUGGAAGCGUCCCUAUAAGCUGCAGCGUGUUGGUUGCCAGCAAUGGGCAAAGCAGCACUGCUGCAGCCCCACCAGUGCCCCAGGUGGUUCCCCUGCCUUCAGUGGUACCUGCACUUCUUUCCUGAGCGGCAGCAGAGCUGUGUGGUCGUCUAACAUCAUUAAAAUCUCAUGGUUUAAUAACUGCAAUUCUAAAAGGCAUCAAGGGGAGUAAAUUGGCUGCUUCCAAACUUUGUGGCGGUGGAAUGGUUUCACGCUGCUGGUGCUGGCAGGGCUGGCAUCACGGACGGCUGGCAGGGAGCGCUGUGCCCCUGCCCUGUUGGGGUUUGCUGUGCUGGCAGGAGGGCAGGCUGCUCUGUGGGGCUGCUGCUCUGACUCCUGUGUCCUUUAACGUGGCACCAAGAUUCCGGGUAUUAUUUUUUUAUAUUUUGAGAGCUGGAUGUAGCGUUAAAAGGGUAAUGUGGAACACUUUAAAUGUGAUAACUUCUCCUUCGUAUUGUUGGAAGAGAUAAGAACCAAAGCCCUGCUAAGCAUGCUUUUGAAUUCACUUAUCAGUGUUUAAGCAGGCUUCUCUGCCCGCUGCCCCCACCACCUGCACGGCCCCGCAGCUCCAGCCUGCUGCCCUUCAUGGGGAGGUCAGCACUGGUUCCAGGCGCAGGCAGGUGCUGCUGCUGAGUCCCUGUGCCCUGGUGGCAGCGGUCACCGUGCAGCCAGGUGUCAGCAGCAGCUGUGUGCGCUGGUCAGGGAGGGCACAGGUGUCCGGUGUGAUUGCUGCUAAGUUUUCCUAAUGAUGCCAAUUAACGGCCGCUGAGAUUUAUUUCGCUCCCCGAUGGAAUAUCCGUUCUUUAUUCAUUCAUGAUACAGCUGCUAAUGAGUGCCUGCACACCCGGCCCAGUGCCUCUGUGCAGCAUCGCGCAGCAGCCAGGUGUGCUGUGAUGGGGAACGGGCUGCGAGUGCUGGGGCGGCGCGGAGGGCUUCUGCUCAUCCUCUCCCCCCACAGUAGCAAAGAAUUUCAACUUUCAGACAAACAACUUCAUUUACAAGUGUGUCUCUAAUUAGCUGCAGAAUUAGUAAAGCAGAGUUUUCCCCCCAUAGAUCGGCCAAACCCCUGAGGGAGGCUGUGGAAUAGAGAGAAUCGCAUUUCCAAUUAUUUUGUUGAAUUGCUAAUUUAGUUAUUGUGCCUGGCGUAAUUGUG